ACGUAGUUCCGUCAGCUGUUCUUGUUUUUGCUUCAGCUUUGCUGCUAUUUUCCUCCGGAGUCUGGAUGACCGACCCUUUCAGAGAACCGCACCGACACCCUGAGCAUUCAUCAAGCGGGGAGAGCCACCAAGACUGCCGCUCUCCGACACACCUAACCCGCUCCUCAUUUCAUCGGAGCUGGAGCCGUCUUCCGCCGCAGACAUCGAGCGAAGGGGUGCCGCCGAUCCCGGGCCUCCAGUCCAGUUCGGAGGGUGGGAAGGAGGUCGCUGGGAAGCAGGAUGGAAGGCGCGGACGGAGCAGGCGAGCCGGUCCGCCAGUUCGGCUGCGCCUCUUUCAACCAAGACUCCACGUCACUUGUGUUGGGAACAAGGAGUGGCUACAAGCUCUUUUCUCUGACAUCGGUGGAAAAACUAGACUGCAUCCAUGAGAGUGCAAACACUCCAGAUGUCUACAUCGUGGAACGUCUGUUCUCCAGCAGUCUAGUAGUCGUGGUGUGUGCUGCCAUGCCGCAGCGGAUGAACAUCUAUCACUUUAAGAAAGGGACGGAGAUUUGUAACUACAGCUAUCCCAACAAAAUCCUUGCCAUCAAGCUCAACAGACAGAGGCUGGUGGUGUUCCUGGAAGAGUCCAUUUAUGUUCACAACAUUAAAGAUAUGAAACUUCUCAAGACUCUGCUCAACACUCCUUCCAACCCCUCAGGUCUCAGCGCUCUUUCUACCAAUCAUUCAAGCUCCUACCUGGCAUAUCCUGGCAGUGUCUUAUCUGGGGACAUCAUUGUACAUGACACCAACAAUUUGAGCACAGUGGCAAUGAUCCCGGCCCAUGACAGUCCUCUGGCAGCGCUCGCCUUCAACGCAUCAGCUACCAAACUUGCCAGCGCCUCUGAGAGGGGUACUGUGAUCCGAGUCUUCUCCAUUCCUGAGGGCGAGCGUCUGUUUGAGUUCCGCAGAGGCAUGAAGAGGUAUGUCGACAUAAGCUCCUUAUCCUUCAGUGCUGAUGGCCAGUUCCUCUGUGCAUCCAGCAACACAGAGACUGUUCACAUAUUUAAACUGGAACAAGUGGGACCAAGGGGAGAGGAUGAGGCUGCUACGUGGACAGGUUAUAUGGGGAAGAUGUUCUCAGCAGCCAGCAGCUACCUCCCGAAUCCGGUUUCUGGCAUGAUGAGCCAGGACCGGGCUUUCGCUACCGUUCACCUCUUCUCAUCUGGUCAGAGGAACAUUUGCACCUUAGUCACAAUCCAGAGGCUUCUGCGGUUACUAGUGGCCACUACCGAUGGCCAGCUGUUCAUCUAUAAUGUGGAUCCACAGGAUGGAGGCGAGUGCCAGCUGGCUUGCGAACACAGGCUCAUUGGUGUUGAUGAAAAUCACAGAGGAGGAACAAAGUCAGAGGAAGGGCAGCUCACACAGAAAACUCGCUCCUCUCCAUCUUAUGCAGAAACUGCUGCCUUACCAGCCUCUGGCCAAGCCACGGCAACCCUCACUGGUUACUCUGAAGAUGGCGGGGCAAAAAAGGGGGAAGUCAUUCCUGAGCACGAGUUUGCCGCUGGGCCUGUGUGUCUGGAUGACAUGAAUGAGUUCCCUCCUGUGAGCAUCCAGAAGUGCUAAAUAUCAGCCAUAGAUCCCUGAUACCAUCAGUUAGUUAUCGGUUGGUGCCGCAGCAGGACUGGAGGUGGCCAGGAGUGAGGCUGUAGAAGAACAAACACAGGCAUCGGCCAGCAAGAUGAACAGAAAAAUUAAGUGUCAAAUAAUUACUGAGUGAAGAGGAGAAAACACUUAAAGGUCAUACAGUAGGGAAAACAAGCUGUCUGUGAUUUCCAAAAAAACAUUUGACAAUGAUCACUGUUGGUUUUAUACAACACCCAAAACAAGUCAACAUGAUGACUUUUCUGGAAAUAUGAGGUGCAUGCGUGGGUACGAAAUAUACCCAAAACUUUUAUUUUAUUGUUACUUGUCAAAUAUACUAUUGACAUGCAUUAUUGUAGCACAAUUAGGUUUUUUCUUAGUAUUUCAGUUCACAUAUAUUUUAUUGUACAUAGUAUUUUAUCACAUUCAGUGUUUCUGUAUAUGCCUCCUGGAGAAUUUUCAGAAGGUGAAUAAGUACUGUAUGUUUCUUUGUGCCUCAUAUGUUUUGUAAAAGUAAAAUGUAAUUUGCCAAUUGCACAAGCCCAAAAAAAGAAGAAACUAAAUAUUAAACUCAUAGAAGACUGAAACUAUGCAAAACAA